AUGACUGAUGUUGAAAUUGACUGCAUACUGCUCAAGUUUACGUGUUCCAACCUGAAUUGUCACAUUGUUUCCACCAUGACAGUGCCAUUUACUCCAAUUGGCUUCAUAAAAUCAGUAUUUAAAUACAAAAAUGGCACACCCAGGCAGUCUCAGCUGUGUAGGGAUGCAAGGGGUGUUCUGACCAUAGAGAAGACCAUCUUCAACAACCCAGAACAUUCCCUCGAAGAUCUGGAUAGUUUUACUCAUGUCUGGAUUUUGUUCCUGUUCCACAAAAACUCUGACUGUGCCACUAAGGCCAAAGUUCGCCCUCCGCGCCUGGGUGGGAAGAGAGUUGGAGUGUUUUCUACACGGUCUCCCCAUCGCCCUAAUCCAAUUGGUCUCACACUGGCAAAACUGGAUGCUGUUAAAGGGGAUAAGAUGUACAUAUCUGGUAUUGAUAUCAUAGAUGGCACACCAGUUCUAGAUGUGAAGCCAUACAUACAGGAAUAUGACACUCCACACCUGAGCCAGGCCCUUGAACCAGAGGAUAUCACCUCGGCAGUGGACACUGCAUCAGACACCACACUGGUCACUGAUGCAUCGCAGAUUAAGGACCCAAAAUCACUCACUGAUUGUUCUGUUGGAUGUGAUAAAAGCUGUGAAUCCAUGUUGAAUGAUUUUAACUGUGAACCAAACACUGCAGUAGAACUGAAAUGUGAUGACAAUGAUUUGGCAUGCAGUGAUAAACACUUUCCUCAUGUUUGUGAUGAAUUAAGUGCACAUGAAACUUUAAUAGAGGAGUCUACUUCGAUACCAGUGACAGAUUUUCAGACAGGCUCGUAUCUGAAUUGCACAGAGAGUGAAGAGGACUAUCAAUUUGAGCAUCGUAAUGGCUGUGAAGGGAGCUCAUCCACUCUUGGCUCUGGUGGCAGAGUUGUCUCCCCUGGAGAUCAGAGGUACUGCCGUCUCAACGUGUCCUCUUCCUGGAUACCUUCAGUGGACAAAAAACUGCAAGUGCGCUUCACACAGCCAGCUGUCCAACAACUCAGUGCCUUUUCUAAGUCGGCUGACCAUAGCCAUCAUCGCCUGGCCUUGCUAGACAAUGCUGGUGAGGCUAAAAGGGCCAUUAUUAGCAUGCUGACACAGGAUCCUCGCUCUAUUUACAGACGUCAGAAGUGUCCAGACAGCUUGUACUUCUUCACUGUGGACAAGCUCCAUGUUACAUGCUGGUUUGACCAGAAAAUGGCAGAAGUUGUGAGGAUUCAGUCAGUAGACCAAACCUCAAAACUGCUUCCAAAAGAUGAGGAACUGUAAUUUGCUGUAUGUGAUAUUUAUGAAGACCGGUGGGUCAUUGUAGACUUUAAAGGAAGGCAUCUUUACAUCGCCCAGACACACUAGAUUCCUCGUUUCUGCUAGAAAGAUUGAUCUUCGGCUAUAGAUAUGUAAUCUGAUUAUGGGCAUCACAGACUUAAUCAAAUGAAGAUGGCCUUGGUGGUAGUGUUUAGCGUUUGACAUGGCUUAUGAGGUUUACAUUGAAGCUUGUGAGAUAUCAUUUGCCUUUCAUACUUGAAUAAAUUUGCAACACCCAUGACACCUAAAAGACUGGCCUGUAUGGCUCAGCUGGUAGAACAUCUGCUUCAGGGGCGCUAGAUCCAGGGUCAGUCCUGGGUUCGGCCUCACCUGAGACCUUAAAAGAGGAAGUUGUAACCACUGGUUGACCUGUAUCAGUAUAAUGGCUAGAGUGAGGCGGCUUACUUGCCUCCAGUAAGUUAUCUCAGUGAAGCAGCACUAGAUAAAAGAGCGAUGGAAAUCCAUCCUGCAACAAGGAGGCACAUUACAAGAACUCAAAGGACUCCUUCGUGGUCAUGUGACUGAAAAAUUGUUAAGACAUUAAACCCUAUGCACUCAUCAAAAAUCUCAGCCCAGGAUAGGCGUAACCUGGACGUGCCUAUUUCUCAUACCAGCCAAUCAGAAUCGAUUCUGUAUCCCUUUAAUAUCUAUGUGUCAAUUACUUGUUAAAAGGCAGUGUCUUACUCCAGUUAAUUCCACCAAUAAAACUUAGGACCUGUAUAUGCCUGUGAUUGGAAAAAAGUUUUUAAUUAUGGCCUUAAACACCAAUCUGAAAAAAAAAAUUACUGAUGGUUUU